AUGGGUGUUCCGGCUUUGUUCAGAUGGCUCUCCAAGAAAUAUCCGAAGAUUAUCUCCUCGGUAAUCGAGGAACUGCCUCAGGAGGUCAAUGGAGAAGAAAUUCCGGUUGACAUCACCGGCCCAAAUCCAAAUGGCGAAGAGAUGGAUAAUCUGUAUCUCGAUAUGAACGGCAUUGUCCAUCCGUGUACACAUCCAGAGGGCAAGCCGCCACCCGCCAAUGAGCAGGAGAUGAUGAUCGAGAUUUUUAAAUACACAGAUCGGGUCGUGAAUAUGGUCCGCCCUCGGAAGCUCCUGAUGAUUGCCGUCGAUGGUGUUGCCCCCCGCGCAAAGAUGAACCAACAGCGAGCACGUCGAUUCAGGUCCGCUCAAGAAGCUAGAGAACAAGACGAGAAGAAACAGGAGUUCCAGAGAAUGCUUGCGAAACAGAACGGGGACAAAGAACAAAUGCUCCAGGAAGAAGUCAUCCAGAAGACAUGGGACAGCAACGUUAUCACUCCCGGAACACCGUUCAUGGACAUCCUUGCAGCGUCCCUGCGGUACUGGAUAGCUUACAAGCUCAACACUGAUCCUGCCUGGGAAAAGUUGAAAAUCAUCAUCUCCGAUGCCACAGUGCCCGGUGAAGGUGAACAUAAGAUCAUGGAAUUCAUCCGCUCGCAGCGCGCUUCGCCUGAACAUGACCCAAAUGCUCGUCAUGUUAUUUACGGAUUGGACGCAGACUUAAUUAUGUUAGGUCUGGCUACUCACGAGCCCCACUUUAGAGUGUUGCGAGAGGAUGUGUUCUUCCAGGAAUCCAAACAGCGGACAUGUCAUCUCUGCGGUCAGCCUGGCCAUAAAGCGGAGGAGUGCAGAGGUCAAGCCAAAGAGAAGAACGGAGAGUUCGACGAAAAAGGAAAAGGUGCAACACUCAAGCCGUUUAUCUGGCUCCAUGUUUCAAUCCUUCGAGAAUAUCUUGCGGCGGAACUUUACGUCCCGCACCAACCGUUCCCGUUUGAUCUUGAGAGGGCGCUAGAUGACUGGGUUUUCAUGUGUUUUUUUGUAGGAAACGAUUUCCUCCCGCACUUGCCGUCUUUGGACAUUCGUGAGGAUGGUAUCGACACUUUGAUUGCAAUCUGGCGUGAUAACAUCCCCCUAAUGGGUGGAUAUCUGACUCAGGAUGGGCGCGUGGACCUAAAGAAAGCUCAGCUUAUUCUCCAAGGUCUCGCUAAGCAAGAAGAUGCUAUCUUUCGCCGUCGUAGGCAGGCAGAAGAGAGGAAGCUUGCCAACGAGAAGAGACGCAAGCAAGAAGAAAAGGCACGCAAUGAGGAGCGCGCCAGGAAAAGAAGGCGAAGCUCUCCCUCUUACGAUGCGAUUGAAUCACCCACUCAUGCUAAGCCGCGCAGUGCUGGUGCAGCUGCAGCGCCGCCAGCUGGCCUUGAGCUGAUCACCCCUGCCAGAGGUGAACUGGCCCGUCAGACCCGAGAGCUGACUCAUAGUAUGGUGGUCAAUCGCGGCAACGUCUAUCGGGCCAAUAUGGCUAACAAGAGCGCGGCCGCUGUCUUGAAAAGCAAACUACUGGGAGGGCAGGAUGGCCAGCCCUCUGACGAUGGAGAGUCAACCGCUGAGUCGGACGCACAACUUGACGCUGCAGGACCUGUUCUCGGCAAACGAAAGGCAGAUGAGGCAGAGGUCGGACAGCUCGGUACUGAGACACCAGACAAGCCGGAACCCGCGAAGGCGGAUGAGCUGCCGCCAGACACAGUCCGUCUGUGGGAAGAAGGAUACGCAGACCGAUAUUAUGAACAAAAGUUUGGCGUUGACCCACAGGACAAGGAGUUCCGUCACAAGGUUGCGAGGGCGUACGCCGAAGGCCUCGCUUGGGUUCUGUUAUAUUAUUUCCAAGGGUGCCCGUCCUGGACUUGGUACUACCCGUACCAUUACGCGCCUUUCGCUGCAGACUUUGUGGAUAUUGGUGACAUGGAGUUAUCGUUUGAGAAAGGUACUCCAUUUAAGCCUUACGAGCAGCUUAUGGGCGUUCUCCCUGCGUCCUCGAAUCAUGCUAUACCAAAGGUGUUCCACUCAUUAAUGACCGAGCCCGAUAGCGAGAUUAUCGACUUCUACCCCGAGGAUUUCCCGGUCGACCUGAACGGCAAGAAGUUUGCCUGGCAAGGUGUGGUCUUGCUGCCCUUCAUUGACGAAAAGCGACUUCUGGCUGCCAUGUCCAAGAAAUAUCCCCUUUUAACUGAGGAUGAAAAAGCUCGCAACACCGUGGGUCGGGAUGUGCUGCUAUUAUCAGAAAGCCACCCGCUUUAUCAAGAUCUCGUCUCAAAUUUCUACUCUAAGAAGCAAGGCGCUCCAAAGUACAAACUCAACAUGCGGGUGAGCGAUGGACUUGCAGGCAAGGUUGAAAAGAACGAGGCGUACAUUCCGCACAGCUCCCUCGUGUCAUCUCUGGAGGAGUAUGGUAUGCCAUCAUUGGAGGAUGACCGUUCGAUAAUGGUCAAUUACGAGAUACCGAAAUCCACCAACAUUCAUAAGUCCAUGCUUCUACGGGGAGUGAAAUUCGGUCCUCCAGCCUUGGACAAUGCAGAUAUCCAGGCUACUAAAUCUAGAGCCCAGCACUCCGGACGCUCGUACGGCGGAGCGCCUUUCCGUGGCGGACGAGGAGGACGUAUGAAUUAUGCCGGUGACAGACAAAGCCAUGGCAACGAUAGACCAAACCCGUUUGCGGCACACCUUGAUCCCAAGUUUAUGCCUGGAGCCAACCCCGGGGCUCCGAUGGGGAUGCCCUCUGGUUGGGUUCCUCCCUCUGGCAAUUUUUCGCGGGGGCCGCCGCCUCCUCCCCGUGGAGGAACAUCCUAUGGAUACGGCUCGCAGCAAUAUGGUUCUUAUGGUGGGUAUGGACAGCAGCAAAGCUAUCAACAAUCAAGCCACAGUCAAAGCGACUAUUAUGGUCGGGGUCCGCCAGCGCCCUACAACAAUGGCCCGGCUGAUUACUACAGUGGGCGCCCAUCAGGCUAUGGGCCGCAAGAAUCUCGAGGCGGAGGCUACAACCGUGGCGGUUACAGAGGCGGCCGAGACACUUAUUCCUCAAGUGGCCAUGGCGGAUACGGCCGAUACUAG